AUGGAUAUUAUCACAGUUAACUGUAAAAGUCGAUCUAUAAGUUUAUUAAUUGGCUAUGGUAAUGGAUACUUUCAUGAACAAAAGAGUUAUCCAACUCUGGCUUGUGCAUAUUCCAUAGCCGUUGGUGAUUUCAAUGGUGACACUUAUUUGGAUAUUAUUGUUGAGAACUGGCCAUUAGGUGUGAAUAUUUAUCUUGUUUACGGUAACGGAGAUUUUCAAGUGCCAAUUUCUAUAUCGACUUCAGACAAUCCAAGUUUUGUUGCUGUCAAUGAUUUUAACAAUGAUGGUCGUUUAGAUAUUGCUACUGUACAUUAUGAUGGAUUUCUCAAUAUUCUUUUAAACACAUCUGAACCAAAUUGGUCUAAAUGUUCUGUUCUAUCGGAUGGCACCGAAACAAAAGAUAAUGUCUAUGCUCAAUGUAUGUUUAUUAAUGUACCUAUCGAUUGGAAUGAGGCUAUCAUCAAUUGGACAACCUGUACGGAAACAAUGCAAAUCUUUGUUAAACGUUAUUUUCUGCUAGAUCAUGAAAAUAGUUCUCAUCAUCUAUGGCGAAUGCCAGGAGGAGGCGGUCUACCUAUAUCUGUUAUGGAAAAUGAAGCCAUAAGUAUUGUAGCAACACAACAUGGUUUAUUAUCUGUAUAUGCAACUGAUAAACGAGGUGUUGGUCAAAGUGGUUUAUUAGAAUGUCCUAUUUCGAUUAUGUCAAAUUUCUCUGCUUGUUUACCAUAUAUUGAACAAAAUCGAUAUCGUUUAAAACGUAAUACAUUUACAAAUACGGCACGUGAUUUACAAUAUAUCCUCGAUGUUAUUAUUGGUCAUGAUCGUUAUCUUUUAAAACCGAAUCAACGUGUUAUACUUAUGGGAUCAAGUCAAAGUACUUAUCUUUUACAACGAUAUCUUCAUUUAACAGUUAAUAAACAACAAGUCGAUGCUAUCAUACUCGAUUCGGUUGUACCAACUGAUAUAAUUCCAUUAAUAGAAUUUGAUUCAUAUAUAAAUUAUAUCCUUUUGGAUUUAUUUUCUCGAUGUGCUCAAGAUAAACAAGGAUGUUCUGUUCAUUUUCAAGAUUCAAAUCCAAUGCGUGCACUUUAUUCAUAUCAAAUGAUAGAAGAAUUCGAAGGAGAUUCAUCGUGUCUUUCUUUAUUAAAAACGAAUAAUACUGAAAUGGGAAAAAAGAUAGCAUCUUUACUCUAUCCGACACUGAUGCAAUUAAUACCAGCAUUGAUCUAUCGAAUCAAUCGAUGUGAUGCCAAUGAUAAGGUUGUUAUUCAACAUUUUCUCGAAAAAACACCAUUACAAUAUGAAACUAGUUCACUAGGACAAUCGAAUUUGAUUGAAUUCAACAAUGAUUUUUCCGAACUUUGGUCUUUUGGCAAUGGAAAAUACAAAUCAGUCUCGUGCGAUUUCAUAAAGGGAAUGUCAGCAAAUACAUUUAGUGCAAUGCAUAUAAUGGGAGAUAUUUUUUGUCCUGCUCAAACAACUGGUAUAUUAGGAUAUCCUACUGAUGAAUAUUAUCGAAAAUAUCCACCAACAAAGACUCGACUACCAGUUUUAGUUUUACACGGUGAUAUGGAUCAAGCAUUGCCUGUACCAUUAGCUCGUCAUUUCUACAAACAAUAUUCAUUAUUAAAUCCUAAUGUGAUUUAUGUUGAAUUGCCACGAACAGGUCAUACUGCUACGUAUUCAUCACCGAUACCAGAUCAAGAAGAGACUUGCGGCUGGCAAGUGGCUAUUUCAUUUAUGUUAUCACCAACAUUGCAACCCGAUAUAUCAUGUCUCAAAAAAAUUAGUCCCAUUGAUUUUGCUGGCAUAACUACUCAAAACUGGAAUCAACGAAAACCAGGAAUCAUUUUAAUUAAUGGAAGUGAUAGUUGUUGA